GCAAAGGAACUUGGUAUUUUGUUUGGCUUCUCAGCAAUGAUUUGGAACUGUCAUUUGUAUGUGUAAAUAUACACAAUUGCAAUACAUGUAUUCGGAACCAUGAGUAUAUAUUUCGAAUAUGUGUUCAUCAAAACAGAAUCGGCUACAACAACAGCAAAUACUAAAAUUAUCCUCUAAAUAUAACUUAACACGUCACGGAUUGUAUUCAAAAGAAGAGGAGAAAGGGAUAGGACAGAAAGGAACAGUAUAUACCUCAACCAUAAUACCUGUAAAAUUGUGACGAACAAGUUGGCAAUAAUACAUCAAUUGUGUGCUGUUGAAGUCGCGUUCGUUGUUGGAAGUGAGGAUUAGGAAACUGCAAAAGGAAGAUGUGAUAGAGAUCAAGCUUGUAACUGGACCGCUCCCAUCUUCCAAUUUGCAAUACAACGCAGAAACUUUAUUAAGUGGCUAAAUAUACAUGAUUUGCAGACACAAACUUUUAAUUCAUUGGUCUUUGCAAAUUCAUGAUUAAUCUUAACUGUGCAACAACUAGCAUGCAUUUGUAAACAAAAAAAAUUGGAUGUCACCAAAAUGGAAUGCUCUUUCUGUUGUAUUUAUUAGCAGAUAGUGUAAUUUUAUUUCAUUUCUUGAAAUUUGACGAAUCUACUGGUACUACCCAUUUAUUAGCAACAAAUGAACGCUUUCAAAUCAUUUUUCUCUGGGUCUAGUCUAGAUAAUAAAUAGCCGAUCACGACCUGGUGCUAAAAGUGCAAGCACCUUACGACUCCUAUCGCAUACACAUUUGUAAACAAACAGAAGAUCAGUGCAAUCGUGGGUCACUUGGCAAUCGUUGGCUCACUUGGCAAUCGUUGGCUCGCCCUUCUGCUGCUUGCAAUCUUUCCAGCGUCCGGUCUACAGGUCUAUCAGCUUCGAUGGAAUCAAUAUUGAAAUCACUUUAUCUUUCUGAUCUAACUCUCCUUGAGUUAGCUGGUGCAAUGAGGCGUGAAAUGGAUAGAGGAUUGGCAGCAAAAACAAAUGAAGGAGCAGAGAUGAGAAUGCUGCCAACUUAUGUGACUGGAACUCCUGAUGGAACGGAGGACGGUGAAUUCUUGGCAUUUGAUCUCGGAGGAACAAAUUUUCGAAUAUUACUUGUUAAACUCGUCGCUGGUGAACACAAAAAUAUAACCAUGAAUAGUCAGAUAUAUCAUAUUUCACAGGAAUUAAUGACUGGAACCGGUGCCCAGCUUUUUGACCAUCUUGUGGAAUGUUUGUGGGAUUUCCUCUCGGAACGCGAAAUAAAAUCUCAGCUUCUGCCUAUUGGAUUCACUUUUUCUUUUCCUUCUAAUCAUUUAGGAAUUGAUAAGAACAUUUUACUUUGUUGGACGAAAGGUUACACAGCAAGUGGUAUGGUUGGUGAAGAUAUUGGAAAAUUAUUGAACGAAGCAAUAGAUAGGAAAUCAAAAACACGACCCCUGAAUUUUGACUUGAAAAUAAUGGCAAUUAUGAAUGAUACAGUUGGAACUGUGGUCUCAUGUGGUUAUGAUGACAAUGAUACUUGCAUGGGCAUGAUAGUUGGAACUGGUACAAACAUGGCAUACAUGGAAAAACAAGAAAAUAUUGAAUUACUAAAGAAGAAGACGCCGGCAAGUGAGAUGUGCAUCAAUGCAGAGUGGGGAGCAUUUGGUGAUAAAAGUGAAAGUCUCAAAGCAAUCAGAACGGAAUAUGAUAUUUACAUUGAUGAAAACUCACCAAAUAAAGGACAAUAUAUAUUUGAUAAAAUGAUCAGUGGAAUGUACAUGGGUGAACUACUUCGUUUGAUAAUUGUCAAACUCAUUUCAAAUGGUGAAAUAUUUGAAGAAAUUGCUCCGGACAGCAAGAUAUUCAGUCCUGGAUUGUCUGCAGCAUUUGUUUCACAUAUAGUCAAUUUUAAUAACGACAACGAUCAAAUUCGUCAAUAUGUGGCAAGAUUUGGAUUGAUUGCCAGUGAUGAAGACUGCAAUAAACUUGUUCAGCUCUGCGAAGCGAUAUCCAAACGAGCUGCCUAUCUAUGUGCAGCAGGUGUCGUAACUGUUGCUCAGAAAAUUGCGGAAAACAGAGGACCAGAUGCUAAAAUGACAAUUGGCGUUGAUGGAUCUGUGUAUAGGAAACAUCCAACGUUUGCCAAACUUCUUCAUUCAAAAGUCAGGGAUCUUGGAGGCGACUUGAAUGUAACGUUCCAUGAAACGACGGAUGGUAGCGGACGUGGCGCUGCACUAGUGGCAGCUGUUGAAUGCAGACUACAAAAUAUACGUACGAAAGUGCCCAAUCAAACUGAAGAAUAAGAACAAAGAAAUUGAAAUGGAGAUUGGUAUAAUAAAUCGUCAAAUGAAGAUUUGCAAAUUAUAAUCAUAUGUGAUAUAGUUCAUUCCCAAUUUCAAAUAUUGUUCUUUUGGUACUUAUUUUGAUCACAAAAUUGAUAUUAGAUAUGCUAUGAAAAAUCCUAGCAACACUCUAACUACAAUUCUAGACACGCCUUAGAUACAUUGGAAGAGCUUUGUUGUUUUUUCGCACCGGAAUUAACCUAACCUAUUUGAUUGUUUUUUUUCAAUUGGUGGGCAGUCUAAUUACUGCUACAUUCGUUAACUUUUGCCUAUUUGGACUUGUAAGUGUGCAAUUCUAGGAGACUAAGUCUUUUACCAUUAUGUUGCAAUUUCGGUGUAUGAUGAAUAGGUCCACAUGUGGCCCGCUGCUUCAUUAUAUGUGGCCCCCGUUGUAUUUGCGAGAAAGUGAACAAAAAAUCCCAUUUGGUGUAGUUUCACCAUAAAAAUAACCAGAAGAUGCCACAUUGCUUGCUUGAUAUGCCUGCAAGUUGUGUUGGUGACAGUCUAGAAUGGCAUUUUUCCCCUCUGACACUUUCUUCAUUAUGAAGAGUUUGAAAUCUUACACUAAACGUAUAUAUAGUAAGAUUUUUGCAGGUUUUAGUGAGUUUUUUUAGUGAAUUUUGCAUGUUUUAGCUCGA